UUUCUCCAGAAAGUGGGGAGAAAUCGAGCGAGCACCAACCUGUCCCAAGUCCCAACCCUAGUCGCCGCCGCCGCCGCCGCCCCGCCGCCCCGCCGACGCCGCCGCCGUCCACGACCUCCGCGAGGGAUGGCUCUUCGCAGCCUUGCCUCCAGGGUGCGUGGCUCGGGUCUCCAGGUGCGGGCUGCGGCUCCCCGCACCUCGCCGCCGGCACCCUGCCCCUGCGCUCGCCCGAUGACCUACAGCAGCAAGCCCGUGCAGGGUGCGCAGCAGAUCAACGGAGUUGACUUGUACCCUGCGAGGCCAAUUGACCUCCUGUGUGAGUCCAAGUGGAUGAAUGUCAAGGAGGAUGGGGCUGUCAGGUAUGCCUCUGCUCCGCGUGUGCCGCCACCUGCGCCCCGCACAACCCCACUGGCCGGUGGUCAGCCCAUGUUUUGCUGGAGGAUGUCUUCGCAGGUCAUGUCUUUUGGUGUGCCUGCUCCUCCUAUGGCACGCCGCUUGUCGCGUCCGGCCACCACUGCUUAUGGACUGACCCGCUUUGGGCCUGGGCAGCAGCGGAGGGGCGUUGCCCAGAUGCCAUUCCAGCCGCUGGACAACAAGACAGCAGCUGCCAUGUACGAUCAGCUCUCUCCGGAAGGGCGUCGUGUGGCAAAUCUGACAAGCAUGAUCUUCAAUUAGACGGUCAAGAGGAUGGAAGAGAGCAACAGGAAGAGGUUUAGCCGCAUCAACGAGGACGUUCGGAUGGUUGUUGAUAAGGUGGCAUUACUCGGCUGGACGACUGCGGGCGUGGUAGGUGCGAUAGGAUUGGCAUUGUUCUACUUCUAUGUCUUCGUCAAGGGGGUGGUGGAGGAUGUGAGUGGCCACUCCGGAGAUUACGUUGGCCCUUUACAAAGGCUAUCUGUAUACUAUCUGGUCAUGGCUUGGAGAGAAGUUUGAAUGGCAGGCUGAGUGGAGCAAGAAGAAGCAGGUGGCGGAGAACAGCGAAGCUCCGGCCAAGAAGUAGCCAUAUUGUUGCACAAAGGGUUCUAUUUUUGCUGCAAAGCUGAUGCAUUGGCAGAUCGGGAACAUUAAACUCCUUGGGAGAUGAGCUAGGGUCCCUUUAUUGUUUUCUGCUGCAAAACCGAAUGGAUCUGUUUGCUUCUUGGCCUCACCUCACCUGUUUGAUGCCUAUGCCUAUGUCUUUCUUUGUGUUGUUGGACGGAUGUCAACCUGAGGGCAUUGACUUGUGUAUAAUCUUUAGAUAAACAAACUUGAGGGAGGAGAUUGAACUGGGUCAUAUGCUGUUGAUUGCAUGAAUGAUGUUACUGAUUA